UAAUGGUGCCGUCCUGUCGACGUUGGCUCCUCUUCAUCCUGGCGACGGCGGUCCUGAUCGCCCUCGUGCCGUCCGACGGGCUCACGCACGACGCUACCGGCGGCAGACGCCUUUCGUCCUCGCCGCACGCCGCCAAACCUCGCAGCACCGCUCUCGACGGACCCGCCGCUUCCCGCGCAGCCGUUACCCCCGCCGGCGCCGCGGCCGCCCGGCGCACCGCCACCGCCACUCCCUCCCCCGCUGCCCGCUCACGCGCCGCCGUUGCCGCCGCCCGCGCCCGCGUUCGGACCGAGUCUCGCGCCCGUCCCGCUGCCGUCGCCGCAGUCAUCGACCGCGCUCCCAACCCCACCACGUUACGACAACGGCUUCGCGGCGUGCUCGGCAAGAUCUCGGAGGACCGCCUCCGCCGCCACCGCGCAAGGGAGGAAGCAGCGCAAGGGAGGACCGCCUCCGCCGCCACCGCCGCCUCAACAUCCGCCGCCACGCGCAAGCGCUCCUCCCCCUUUACUCUCGCCUCCGCCGCCGCCGCCUCCGCCGCCGCCGCCUCCGCCGCCGCCGCCUCCGCCGCCGCCCUCGCCACUCGCGUGGCGGUGCCAGCUACUCGAACAGCCGCCUCCACCGCCGCCCCAGCCGACAACCGCUUCGGCGCGCGCCCGCCCUCGCCAUCCGCCGCCAAGCCGAGGUGCUUUGUCGUCAAGAUCCAGCUCUGGGGCACGCAUAGCGACGCGCGCAUGGGCGAGGGAGUUCGGUGGCUGGCGGAGGUCGUUUUGCCGUCGGUGGAUGCGGCCGCAAAGUUCCAUGCAAAGUGCUGCCACUCCGCGCGCAAGCCGCCCGUCUUCCACGACGCCUUCUUGCUCAUGGACGGGUCGUACAGCCUCAACCGCACGCGCGUGCAGGCCCUGAAGACCAGGUUCCCC